AUGUGGCGGUGCGACAUUCAACGCGGUAAAAAAGGGCGACAUUGCCCGGGGAUUAAAUACAAAAGCUCGCUGGAGUCAUUCUGGAAGUGGUGGCAUCUGGUCUUGAAGCAGGGGACCGCAACAGGGUUGAGUAAGGAGAUCCAGGUGAAGGUGCAAGAUCUCAUUGCCAUUGUGGCCGAGCAGAAAGGCUUAGAAUUCACGCGGCGAGCGAAGAAGAAUAUGUAA